GCGGCUGCAGCGGAGGGACUGACGGCUGCACCGGGGCGGGCGGCUGGACUGCGCGCUCCCUUUCGCGCCCGCUCCCGGGCUUCUGGGCUCGCUCGCCCCGCUCGGCGGUCGCCCGCGGCCGCCCGGGUUCACCGUCGUUCUCAGGCGGCACCGCGAGGGUGGCCGCUGCCUCAGCCCUGCCCCUCGUUCCCUCCCUCCCUUGCAGCCCCACCACGUAGGAGUUCGGAUUCUCCACCCGAGUCGCCCUGAUUUCCCUUUGCCUCUUUCUGAAGCGGGAGUGGUGGAGGGAGGCAGCGAGGCUGCGAGGGAGAGGCCCGCCAAGUCGGCCCGCCUGCAAAGUGUUGCUUUGACACAUCCUUAUUAUGGAAGUUAAGUGAAAAAACUCUGGACGUGGAGCGGCUACCGAGAAGGAGACCGGGCAAGGAAAACCAGUAGGCAGGCCAAUGGUGUUUCGGCAGCGCGCUGGCAAGUUUGUGGAACACUUUCUAGGAAUUAGGUCUUUUUCCUCCCUCUUCAUCUUCUUGACUGCUGAAGAAAGAACUUGGCUUUGGAAGGCAAUGGAGCCUGAGGACAGAGGGUUAGACACACUUGAAUAAUCCCUCCGGCUGGGCUGAAUUUAUGGGAAUUUAGGAAGCCAGAGUGUGGAAAUACAGCAGCCUUUGGAGUGCCCUCUGUUAAUUUGGAUGGAGCUAAAUGUGCCCCAUUCGAGACCUCUCCACUAACCCCUUCUGAUCUUGCGAUUUGCUCUUCUUGACUUUAAUUAGCAUCUAGGAAAGUCUAAACUUUGGACCUACCUCUUUUUUUGAUACUUAUUUUUGUACUUUUGCUCUCUGGGAUUGGUUUCUUAAAACAAUCUGGAUCCUUUUUAAUAUGUCAAAAUGAGUCGGCUGAUGUUUACACAACUACUGCUCUGUGGAUUUUUAUAUGUUCGGGUUGAUGGAUCUCGUCUUCGCCAGGAGGACUUCCCGCCACGGAUUGUGGAGCACCCUUCAGAUGUCAUUGUCUCUAAGGGAGAGCCCACCACUUUGAACUGUAAGGCAGAGGGCCGGCCAACGCCCACCAUUGAGUGGUACAAGGAUGGUGAGCGGGUGGAGACUGACAAGGAUGAUCCCCGGUCUCACAGGAUGCUUCUGCCCAGCGGAUCCUUAUUCUUCUUGCGCAUUGUACAUGGGCGCAGAAGCAAACCUGAUGAAGGAAGCUACGUUUGUGUUGCAAGGAACUAUCUCGGUGAAGCAGUGAGUCGAAAUGCAUCUCUGGAAGUGGCAUUGUUACGAGAUGACUUCCGGCAAAAUCCCACAGAUGUUGUAGUGGCAGCUGGAGAGCCUGCAAUCCUGGAGUGCCAACCUCCCAGGGGACAUCCAGAACCCACCAUCUACUGGAAAAAAGACAAAGUUCGAAUUGAUGACAAGGAAGAAAGAAUAAGUAUUCGUGGUGGAAAACUGAUGAUCUCCAACACGAGGAAAAGCGAUGCAGGGAUGUAUACCUGUGUUGGCACCAAUAUGGUGGGAGAAAGAGACAGUGAUCCAGCAGAACUGACUGUCUUUGAACGACCCACAUUUCUCAGGAGGCCAAUUAACCAGGUGGUGCUGGAGGAAGAAGCUGUAGAAUUUCGUUGUCAGGUCCAGGGAGAUCCUCAACCAACUGUGCGGUGGAAAAAGGAUGAUGCAGACUUGCCAAGAGGAAGGUAUGACAUCAAAGAUGAUUAUACUCUGAGAAUUAAAAAGGCCAUGAGUACAGAUGAAGGCACCUAUAUGUGUAUUGCUGAGAAUCGGGUUGGAAAAGUGGAAGCCUCUGCUUCUCUCACAGUCCGAGCUCGCCCUGUUGCUCCUCCACAGUUUGUGGUUAGGCCAAGAGAUCAGAUUGUUGCUCAAGGUCGAACAGUGACAUUUCCCUGUGAAACUAAAGGAAACCCCCAGCCAGCUGUUUUUUGGCAAAAAGAAGGCAGCCAGAACUUGCUUUUCCCAAACCAACCCCAGCAACCCAACAGUAGAUGCUCUGUUUCGCCAACUGGAGACCUCACAAUAACCAACAUUCAGCGAUCGGACGCGGGUUAUUAUAUCUGCCAGGCCCUAACUGUGGCUGGAAGCAUUUUAGCAAAAGCCCAACUGGAAGUUACUGAUGUUUUGACAGAUAGACCUCCACCCAUAAUUCUACAAGGCCCGGCCAACCAAACACUAGCAGUAGAUGGUACAGCGUUACUGAAAUGUAAAGCAACUGGUGACCCUCUUCCUGUAAUUAGCUGGUUAAAGGAGGGAUUUACUUUUCUGGGUAGAGAUCCAAGAGCAACUAUACAAGAACAAGGAACAUUGCAGAUUAAGAAUUUACGGAUUUCUGAUACUGGUACUUAUACUUGUGUGGCCACAAGUUCAAGUGGGGAGACUUCCUGGAGUGCUGUGCUGGAUGUGACUGACUCUGGAGCAACAAUCAGUAAAAAUUAUGAUUUAAGUGACCUGCCAGGGCCACCGUCCAAACCACAGGUCACUGAUGUUACUAAGAACAGUGUCACCUUGUCCUGGCAACCAGGUACCCCUGGAGCCUUUCCAGCAAGUGCAUAUAUCAUUGAGGCUUUCAGCCAAUCCGUGAGCAAUAGCUGGCAGACAGUGGCAAACCAUGUGAAGACCACCCUCUUUACAGUGAGAGGCCUGCGGCCCAACACGAUCUAUUUAUUCAUGGUCAGAGCAAUCAACCCCCAAGGUCUGAGCGACCCGAGCCCGAUGUCAGAUCCUGUGCGCACACAAGAUAUCAGCCCACCAGCACAAGGAGUGGACCAUAGACAAGUACAGAAAGAACUGGGGGAUGUCAUUGUCCGUCUCCAUACUCCAGUUGUGUUGACUCCCACCACUGUUCAAGUCACGUGGACGGUUGAUCGCCAGCCCCAGUUUAUUCAAGGCUAUCGAGUGAUGUAUCGUCAGACUUCAGGCCUGCAGGCUACAUCAGCAUGGCAGAAUUUAGAUGCCAAAGUCCCAACCGAGAGAAGCGCUGUCUUAGUCAACCUGAAAAAGGGGGUGACUUACGAAAUUAAAGUUCGACCAUAUUUUAAUGAGUUCCAAGGAAUGGAUAGUGAAUCUAAAAUAGUUCGUACUACUGAAGAAGCCCCAAGUGCCCCUCCACAAUCUGUCACUGUGCUGACAGUUGGAAGCCACAAUAGCACAAGUAUUAGUGUUUCCUGGGAUCCUCCUCCUCCAGACCAUCAGAAUGGAAUUAUCCAAGAAUACAAGAUCUGGUGUCUGGGGAAUGAAACGCGAUUCCAUAUCAACAAAACUGUGGAUGCAGCCAUUCGAUCUGUCAUAAUUGGUGGAUUAUUCCCAGGUAUUCAAUACCGGGUAGAGGUUGCAGCUAGUACCAGUGCAGGGAUUGGAGUAAAAAGUGAACCGCAGCCGAUAAUAAUUGGGGGACGUAAUGAAGUUGUCAUUACUGAAAACAAUAACAGCAUAACUGAACAAAUCACUGAUGUUGUGAAGCAACCAGCCUUUAUAGCUGGUAUUGGUGGUGCCUGCUGGGUAAUCUUGAUGGGUUUUAGCAUCUGGUUGUAUUGGCGACGAAAGAAGAGAAAGGGACUCAGUAAUUAUGCUGUUACAUUUCAAAGAGGAGAUGGAGGACUAAUGAGCAAUGGGAGCCGUCCUGGUCUUCUAAAUGCUGGUGAUCCCAGUUAUCCAUGGCUUGCAGAUUCGUGGCCAGCCACGAGUUUACCAGUAAACAAUAGCAAUAGUGGCCCGAAUGAGAUUGGGAAUUUUGGACGUGGAGAUGUGCUGCCACCAGUUCCAGGCCAAGGGGAUAAAACAGCAACAAUGCUCUCAGAUGGAGCCAUUUAUAGCAGCAUUGACUUCACGACCAAAACCACUUACAACAGUUCCAGCCAGAUAACACAGGCUACCCCAUAUGCCACAACACAGAUCUUGCAUUCCAACAGCAUACAUGAAUUGGCCGUCGAUCUGCCUGACCCACAAUGGAAAAGCUCGAUUCAGCAAAAAACAGAUCUGAUGGGAUUUGGUUAUUCUCUACCUGAUCAGAACAAAGGUAACAAUGGUGGGAAAGGUGGAAAAAAGAAGAAAACUAAAAACUCUUCUAAACCUCAGAAAAACAAUGGAUCGACCUGGGCCAAUGUUCCUCUACCUCCUCCCCCAGUCCAGCCCCUUCCUGGAACAGAGCUGGAACACUACGCAGUGGAACAGCAAGAAAAUGGUUAUGACAGCGAUAGCUGGUGUCCUCCAUUACCCGUGCAAACAUACUUACACCAGGGUAUGGAAGAUGAACUGGAAGAAGAUGAUGAUCGUGUCCCGACACCUCCAGUCCGAGGCGUGGCUUCUUCGCCUGCUAUUUCCUUUGGACAGCAGUCCACUGCAACCCUCACUCCAUCCCCACGGGAAGAGAUGCAGCCCAUGCUGCAAGCUCACCUGGACGAGCUGACCAGAGCCUAUCAGUUUGAUAUAGCAAAGCAAACAUGGCACAUUCAAAGCAAUAAUCAACCUCCACAGCCCCCGGUUCCACCAUUAGGUUACAUGUCCGGAGCCUUGAUUUCCGAUUUGGAAACAGAUGUUCCAGAUGAUGAUGCUGAUGAUGAAGAAGAAGCUUUAGAAAUCCCCAGGCCCCUGAGGGCACUAGAGCAGACACCCGGAUCCAGUAUGGACAAUCUAGACAGCUCUGUGACAGGUUCAAUGGUAAAUGGAUGGGGCUCUGCAUCUGAUGAGGAUCGUAACUUUUCUAGUCAUAGAUCUAGUGUAGGUAGCUCCUCAGAUGGCUCCAUCUUUGCCAGCGGCAGCUUUGCACAAGCACUGGUGGCAGCAGCAGAUAAAGCUGGUUUUAGGCUGGAUGGAACCAGCCUUACAAGAACAGGCAAAGCUUUUACCUCCUCUCAAAGACCUCGACCAACCAGCCCAUUUUCUACUGACAGUAAUACCAGUGCAGCCCUGAGUCAGAGUCAGAGGCCUCGGCCCACUAAAAAACACAAGGGAGGGAGAAUGGACCAACAACCAGCAUUGCCUCAUCGAAGGGAAGGAAUGACAGACGAUCUUCCACCACCACCAGAUCCCCCUCCAGGUCAGGGUUUAAGGCAGCAAAUAGGCCCGAGCCAGCAUGCUGGUAACGUGGAAACCUCAACAGAGAGAAAAGGAAGCUCUCUGGAGACACCACAAGCAUCCACCUUAGAAGACACAAAGAGCUCAUUGGAUUGUCCAGCUAGAGCAUCCCUAGAGUGGCAGCGACAAACCCAAGAAUGGAUAAACUCCACAGAGCGCCAAGAAGAUAUACGGAAAGCCCUACACAAACAAAGUGUUGGACCAGAGGAGACAUUGGUGCCCUACAGCAAGCCCAGUUUCCCAUCUCCAGGAGGUCACAGCUCAUCAGGAACAGCUUCUUCUAAAGGAUCCACUGGACCUAGGAAAGCCGAGGCUUUGAGGGGAAGUCACCAGCGCAAUGCCAGCGACCUUCUUGACAUAGGAUACAUGGGCUCAAAUAGUCAAGGACAGUUUACAGGUGAAUUAUAGUAACUGAGAGGAGACAUGCAAAGCUGCUCUGAAGGACCACCAGGUCUGAACUCAUGGAAGUGAUGACACUAAACAGUGCAAUGAACAAUUUCUUUAUUUAUGUACUAUUAAAAGACUGUAAAUGCAAUGUAAAGACACACAGCCACACAUAUCCCACAGAUAUUUUACUUGUGUUCUUCUCUUAAGUACACCACCCACCUUAACUCUUUCUUGUCAGGAGUAUAUACAAAAGAAAGAAAACAAAACUCGCCCUCCAGGAAGAAAAGGAUUUUCCUCUGUAUAUAAUUUCUUUUGUGCGUUGCUAUGCAAGCUCACUCUUUUUAGCUCUGUUCAUACUAUUGUCUGUUUUUAUUGGUCUGUUGUACUAUAUGUGAAUUAAUAGGCUGUGGUGCCAUAUAUUAACUUUUAAUUGUGUAACUUUUAUGUUUAAAUUUUGCACUGCAAUUUUAUUUGGUGAUAAGCACAAAUCUCUACUCCUCGUGACAUGAAGAACAAGACUGAAUGUGAAGGGAGUUUCUGUACUGUAAGCUAGGCUGGAUAUGCUGGUUGGAACCAAUCAUGUGAGAUGGUUUGCAGUUGGGGUGUAGAAACAGGAAGAUGCAAAGGAACAGUGGUGUUGGCGAAGUCUUCCUUGAGUACCAGGGACUGAGUCAAUAAAAAGAAAAGCAUAAAGGUGGCUUUUACUAUUGACAAAACGCAGGGGUCAAAGAAGGAAAUCUAAGUCUUAAGGCUAAAUAGGUAUUAAAAUACACAGGUAGCAAAGAUGUACUAAACUCGCUAAAAAGAGAAAGAAAAAGAAAAUGAAAAUGAAAGUUACAUGUAGCAUCAACUUUACCUGUCAUUGUAAUUGACCCAUCUGAGAAUUAUAACAAGCAAAAGGAAAUGAAGGUGUUUCGCAAGAGCUGUGUUUGUAUUACAGUGUUUUCAAGAAGCAUUUUCUGAAUUACCAUAAUUAAUCUCUCCAACUCAUUAAGUCAGGAUUUAAUAUGAAGUUCCCCAAGGAAACAAACAAAAUGAACUCUAGAAUAUCUAGCAAAUAGUUAAAGAGGCAAUUUAUUAUUAGGACAUACUCGGGCUGCUUCCAAAUGCAAAAACUCUAUUGCAAUAUCUUGUUUCAUCUUUCUGAUACAUGUUCAGUACACACUAGAGGAUAGAGCUGCAUCGCUUAAAUUUAUGACUUUGAAAAAAAUCAUGCAGUCUAUAGACAAUUCUGUGUUUUGUUUGACUAAGAGGUGAAGUUCAUGCCACCAAAUGUAUAGCCAAAUUGUAAGUGCUUAAAAAGCAGUGCUCAGAGUAUGUUCAGUUCACAGUAAGUAGAUUUAUCGAAAGAAACAUUUUAUGGUACAGUCUCAGAAAUUGGCUACCGACUAAAAUAUGUUUGACCCAUUUUGAAUGAGUAAAUUGAAAAGAAAAAUUUUAAAGGAGAAACAAUGCAUGUUUAUACGCUUUUUAAAUAAAACCAAACCUCGUUAAGUGGA